CUUGCGCUGAGCACUCACUAAAAAAAAACUUCUCAUUCAAAAACACUUUUCAAGCAUUGGUUUCAAGCACAGAAACCAGAUUCAGUCAUACAAUAUUCCAGACGAUUUCAAACUCUUCAAAUUAGACCUCAUUUCCCAACACAGAAGAAGGCACGUGCGCGGGGAUUUUUUUUUAAAUUCGCACAAAUGUGUUCUGGAGAAACUGUGUCACUGGGCCACGAGGCUCCCGGGGUCACAUGCACACAUUUUGAGCCUCGUGCAGCUGCGCGCCUGCGCUCAUCUCAUCCACGCUCCUUGGAACAAAAGCAAAACCCGGCCGACUUGACAGAACAGUUCAGAGCGACACAGAUCGGGGAGUGACAGGCGCACUGGCGUAUGAUACACUUUUACUGAAUGAACCACAUUUCCCUCACGUCUUUGCGCAACAUUUAACAUCUUUUCUCAGCAUCUAGCAGAUGCGUGUGUAUUUUCUGCGGUUUUAGGACGGUCGUUUCGUGGCAGUUAUGACUUUAUCGUAAAGAAGAACCGAUCUGUUAGAAAAACAGAAGUGCCUCUUCUCUCUGCGUGUUGCAUUGGAGAUUCUUUCAUAAAGCUGCAUGACUUUGGGGCUCAGCAUGACGACAGCAGUAGAUACAAACACAGGUGGGGUAAUUUCAUACAUCGGAUCGUGUGGAGGCUCUCCCAACCGCACCAGCCCUGUGUCCAUGUACAGUGAGAAUUCCAACAGCAGCAUGCAGUCCUUUACACAACCCUGCUUUGGCUCGUCAUUCCCACCUUCUCCCAAUGGAUCCCAUGAUUCUUCGCGUAUGUACACUAGCAGCAGCAGCUCAAGUUCAGGAUCAGGAGAGGACGGAAGCUCAUCGUGCUCUGGUGGAUCCCCAAGAGGCCGCGAUGAUGGUGGAAGUACACGCAAUUCCCCCAACAAAUCAGUUGCCACCCUUACUAAGCUGAAUGGAAUGGUGUUGCUGUGCAAAGUGUGUGGCGACGUGGCUUCCGGAUUUCACUAUGGUGUCCAUGCCUGUGAGGGCUGCAAGGGUUUCUUUCGACGCAGCAUCCAGCAGAACAUCCAGUACAAAAAGUGCCUUAAGAACGAAACCUGUACCAUUAUGAGGAUCAACCGCAACCGGUGCCAGCAUUGCCGUUUUAAAAAAUGUCUUUCCGUGGGAAUGUCCCGGGACGCUGUUCGUUUCGGCCGUAUCCCGAAACGCGAGAAACAGCGAAUGCUGGCCGAGAUGCAGGACGCCAUGAACAACAUGGUGAACAACCAGCUUCAGAAUGAAUUCCAGCUGGCGAGCAUCACAUCCCACACCCCCUGCUCUUCCUCUUCAUCCCCAUCCACCUCUUCCUCAUCUCCAUGCCCGGGGCUUACAGUGGGACCGCAACUCCAGCCCCCCGGAGUGCCGGUAGCACCGUCCCCUUCCCCUCCGACCCCAACCUCUCCUUCGGUUCAGCUGGCUCAGAGUCCCUCGGCUCUGACGGCUUCUCCACCACCGUGCUCCAGUCCAGGUGUAGACAAAACCAUCGCCGCCAUAACCAGAGCACACCGUGAGACCUUCAUCUACGCCCAUGAUAAGUUGGGUCCAGCGCUUCUGCCUCACAACGGCGAGCUAGACAACCAAAGUAGCAACCGCUGCAUGGCUGGAUACCACCUCAAUGGUGCCAACACCAUUUACCAUCAUAAUAAUAAUGUCGCUCACCAUUGUAACAACUUCGAGGUGCCACCAGAAAAUGGCCUUCAUUUUCAAGUCUCUGGACAGCAGGACAAUAACAAUGGUCAGCGACCUCCAAACAGUAACCUCUUUGGCGUCCACCACAGUCAGGAGAUGAACAGCAGCUCCCAGGGGCAGAACUGUCCGUGGAAAAAACACAAAGAGAUUCUGCUGGCUUGUCCAAUGAACAUGCAUCCUUUCUCAGACCCCAACAAAACACCACAGGAAAUCUGGGAAGACUUCUCUCUUAGCUUCACCCCAGCCGUCAGAGAGGUGGUGGAGUUUGCCAAACACAUCCCAGGGUUUAGCACGCUAUCUCAGAAUGACCAGGUCACGUUGCUGAAGGCCGGAACGUUUGAGGUCCUCAUGGUGCGCUUCUCCUCUAUGUUUAACGUAAAAGAGAGGACCGUGACGUUCAUCUCGGGCACCACCUACACCCUGGAGGCCCUGAAAAGCAUGGGCAUGGGCGACCUGUUGGGAACCAUGUUCGACUUCAGUGAAAAACUCAACGCAUUAGAACUCUCAGCAGAAGAACUGGGACUCUUCACUGCAGUCGUGCUGGUGUCUGCAGACCGUUCUGGCAUUGAAAAUGUGAAUUCAGUGGAGAUGCUUCAGGAAAGUUUGAUCCGGGCUCUCCGAUCCCUUGUCAGCAAGAAUGCCCCUAAUGACGCCUCCCGAUUCACCAAGCUGCUGCUCAAACUUCCAGACCUGCGCACGCUGAAUAACAUGCACUCAGAGAAGCUGCUCUCUUUCCGCAUUGACGCCUGAGGUUGCAAGAAGCUGGUGAAAGUGGGUCACCGCUGGUUGACUGAAGGACAGAAUGGGUACAAACACUAGAACUCUUUCCAGGAGAACCCACCAGAGAGCAAACUCAUGGCUUUGGCACUUAAAAGCACUCAAUGACACAUUUAAAGGGACGCUUUGGUGUCUAAUGGUCGGUCAGUAGCCUUUAUGGCUUGAUAACCAUGAAAGCUCAUUGAGCCUCUUUCAGUACUUACCUGAAAUGGGUAGUAAGGUUAAGCUAAUAAUAAAGCAGACAAAAAAAACCCUGGCAUUUGGAGUACAUGGGAAACAAGUGCAGAAUGCCUUUUGUAAAGAGUCGCAGCCAAGCCAGAAGGAUCUCCAGGUCACUUCCAAACAGGUGACGACAGCAGAAAAAUGUCAAGCGUCUCCUCGUGCCCAGUCCGGCCUGGGUUCCUGCUAUACCCACACUCAGAGAACGUUAUGAUCAUUUUAACUCUAACGCAAAUGACAAGCUAUAAGGGGGAUGAACCUUCACAAAUAAUCACAUCCCUGUGACUUUGUAAAAUAUGUGUAAAUAUGAUAUAUAUACUUGAACUGUUUUGAAAUGUAUAAUAUAUAUUUUUUGUAAAGUUCACAUGCUCAACGCAAAUGAUAAAUCUAUUCAAGCACAGACAUAUAAGUAGAUUGUAUGCAUAUUAUAGACAUCAAGACAUGUAUUUCAGUUGUCUUCUUCAUAAAGGCAUUUUAUGAAACGA